GUUUUAUGUACAUUUAAAUAACAUACUAAAUGAAAUUUAUGACAAAUCAUGGGGGAGUAAUAUUUAUUUUGAAAUGGUUCUUUGGGGUAAAAUUAUGCAAAAAAAAUUCACGAACAACAAACCUCAAAAAAUAUCACCCGCCACGUGUCAACCUAAUUACACCACAAAACAAAUGCGAAAUCCCUAAAAACUUCGUAUCACGGGGAAACCUUCUAGAACAAAUUCGGGGCAAAUAAGUCUUCUAAUCGUCUCCCGUACCGCCAAAGUGAUUCAUAAAACAGAAACCUGACUCCUGACAUUUCAUUGCAGUUCUCUUGCUAUAACUGUUCCAGUUCGCCCCUGCUAUCAUCCUCUUCCCCGGAACAUGGCUUCAAUCACUUCUUUCAAUCAAUUUCUCUCCAACCCAGUUCACAAAACCUCGCAAAAACCCCAGCUCAACCCAAAGAUCUCUAAUUGCUCCUUGAAUUUCCCCGAUUCCAGGGCAAAAAUAGCCAUUUCUGUGCAAGAAUCCCCUCAGAGAAGGUUGAAUUUCGUGACCCGGGCGGUACCUGAUGACGACGAAUGGGGCCCAGAGCCUUCGGAGCCCGGGUAUGGAGCUGGAAUUGCGGUGGCGGUGGAGGAGCCACCGAAGGAGGAAGCGACGGCGGAGAUUGACGCGCUAAAGAAGCGUUUGGUGGACGCUUUCUAUGGUACUAACAGGGGAUUGAGUGCGACGAGUGAGACAAGGGCGGAGAUUGUGGAGCUGAUCACUCAGUUGGAGGCCAAAAAUCCAACUCCUGCCCCUACUGAGGCGUUGACUCUGCUCAAUGGCAAAUGGAUUCUUGCGUACACUUCUUUCAUUGGCCUAUUUCCCCUGUUGUCAAGGGGCACUCUACCCCUUUUGAAGGUUGAGGAAAUAUCACAGACCAUAGACUCUGGGAAUUUCUCUGUGGAGAACUCUGUCCUGUUUUCAGGGCCAUUGGCCAGCACUUCCAUUACAACCAGUGCCAAGUUUGAAAUCCGAAGUCCCAAAAGAGUCCAGAUAAAAUUUGAAGAAGGCAUUAUUGGCACUCCUCAGUUGACAGACUCCAUUGAGGUGCCAGAAAAUGUGGAGAUUCUGGGACAAAAGGUUGAUCUUGCCCCUUUCAAAGGCAUACUUACUUCUGUCCAGGACACAGCUUCCUCAGUUGCCAAGUCCAUUUCCAGCCAGCCUCCAUUCAAAUUCUCGUUUUCGAAUAGGAAUGCAGAGUCAUGGCUUCUCACUACAUACCUUGAUCACGAACUUCGGAUUUCAAGGGGUGAUGGUGGUAGUAUUUUUGUUCUCAUCAAGGAAGGCAGCCCCCUUUUGAAUCCUUGAAUAUGGUUCUUUCGUAUAUUUUUAAAAGCACAGCAUUCUGAUUCUUAUAGAUUAAUUACCUAGAUACUGGAUGCUACUUAGCUACUGUAUUGAGAAUAUGUAUAAAGAAAAGUUGCGAAGUACGAGUGCUAAUGUAUGUUUGCUUUCACGAUGCGUACUACUAGUCUAUGCCUCAAACGUUGACAUUUAUGCUGAUAUACAUUAUGAUAAUGCUAUAUCCUCUUGAACUCCUUCUAGGACCUGGCUAAAAAGAGGGUGAGCAGGCAUUUUGUAGGCAAAAUUUUUUCUGUUGAGGCAUUUCAUUCCUCUAAAAUGUGUUUCUUCAUACAGCUUCACAUUUGAGAAUAGGAUAAUCACUUUUUGUUAAGUAGCUGAAGUCUGGCCUUAUCUGUAUCUUUCAGUGCUCACUACCAGAAAUUCUAGAAAAAAAAAAAAAAAUGUUCACUGUGGCCAUUAUUUGAACACUUCGAUGAGGUGAGUUGCCUUGUUCUAAAACAUAAAUUUUAGUGAUCUGGGUGAAAGAAGCUGAUGAGGUCUUUGAAUUAACAAGUUAAUCCUCGAGUGAGUAAAUGUGCUCUGUAAGUACAUUUGUUAUGAUUUUAACAUGAUUUAGAUAACUAAAGGUGAACUGAAACUGCUGCCGGCCGGUUCCUGUUUUUUUUUGUCAACAUUUAUACAAAGCAGUCCUCUUUUGCUUUUGCAAAUAAGGCAUCUUAUGGCUGUAUACUGAUCCUGAGAAGGCUCAGGGAACAGGAGAAGGCUAGCUACAAAUAAUAGUGCUUCCUUCUGUGUAUAUUUUGUUUACAAGAUAAGAAUAAGGUGGUACAUACUUGGUGGAACACCUCAAGUAUAACACCAUGAUAUUCUUCAGAAUUCAUGGACACAUAAAAAUUCAAGAGGCGUCGCAGAUCCCUUGGCUCAUAAAUCCUGUUUGCAGUUAUCAUCUGCUGCAUGGAUUCUCUGAAGUCCUCUCUGGGAUCAUAAGAGGACUUCUCCAUUGCCAGCAUUACUACGAACUUUGAUGAUGAUGAUGAUGAUCCAUGAUCACGCUGAUCACGGUAAUUCCCUCCUUCUUCUCUUGAUCGUCGCCACCUGUCUUGUUUAUUUCUCGCUUCCUGAUGUUGCUGCUGUUUCCGCUCUUUGAUCAUCUGGUCUAGCUUCUCUUGAACCAUGGCAUGUGCUAUGCUAGAUAUUGUGGGAUACCUGAUGCAUCAUCAGAUACUAACUUAUGUUUCCAUCUUAAAGUGGUUCAAAAGAAGAGUUCAUCAUGGACAAAGUUAUGUUGAAGCAGCAAUACCUUUCAGAAGAAUUUACUGAGAUUUCGGAUUCUUCUUCGGACGACGAAACACUCAGCCUAGAGCUGCACCACAAAGCCUUAGAACAGCAGCUUCUUCUGCUUCUUCCGAGUCCACCACGCUUUUGCUGCUUCUUGGUUUCUUCUUUGGAGCUUUGCAUCUUUAAGCUUCAGUAAUGCAAAGUCUUGAAGAAGAAGAAUAAUACCAUAGGAAAUCAUCUAGGCAAAAAUAAACCAAGUGGGACGCACUAAUUGUGAUUAUGUCGAGAUGUGAAUGAACAAAAAGUAAGCAGGCUGGCCUAGUGUGAUGGGGAGAAGGGUAAUUAAACAAGUCAUGAGCUUAAAAUCAUAAUAUUAAUUUAAAAGUAUGGUUAAUUAAAUUGGUAAGUGUGUUUGUUGGUAAGUAUUAGGUGUCAAAGCAUGGUUACUUGUGGUAGAGGUGGAAAGUACCUAUUCAAUUUGAAGUAAUUUAAUGAUCAGAAAAGAUGGGAAAAGGGGGACAUGGGGAUACAAUGAUUGGUUGAGAUAUGUCCUGAACUUGUUGAUUUUGGAAGAGUCAGUCAGUUUGCAAUGCUAGCUAGUAGUCCUAUGCUUAGUUAGAGGUAGACAUUAGUGAAGUAAACCACUGGGAUUCAUCAUUAACAACAUGAUGAAAAGCAUCCCCAAGUCACAGACACAUAAGAUUAAAUAUGUGUUACUUCUUGCUACAUUUAGAGUGUUUCUAUUAGAGUUUUUUUUUUUUUAUAAAUAAAAUUAUUAUGAUUCAGAUUAGGAUGUAGAUUUAUAUAUGAAGCGGCGUUUAUUAUGAGAUGAUGGG